UCUUCCCAGAGUCCUUCUAGAUUCCGACUUCGCUUUCGGUUGCACAUUCAGGUUUAGGUUUCGGUUUUCAGCUGCUUGCGGCAUCACAAGGCCGUGAAAGGGCAUAUCAGGGCUCCUCGCCCAGUUUGGCAACCACUACUGGGCUGGACCACUGUUGGCCCUGGAACGCGGAAAACCGUUUCGCCGCUCAUGGUGUUUCGCAUCAUCGGUUUUUCUCUUUGCUUUUAUAAGGGUGUCGAUUUUUCUUGAGAAUUGUAGUUGGGUUACUUGAGAUUCAGAGCAUUUCGAGUUUCUGAGGGAUUUGAGUUUCUGAGGGAUUCGAGUUUCUGAGGGAUUUCGAGUUCCUGAGGGGUCUUGUGGGGGAGAAGAAAAAGGGGAGCCAUGGCGGCUUUGUGUCAGCGAGUUUCGUGGCACCAUGUGUCGUCGCAAUUUGUAGGAGAGAUGGUGCAUAGAGAUGGAAUGCGAUCGUGGCAGAGCUGGCGGAAAGUGAAUUUGGGGGAGAAUCGAUUGUAUGUGUGCGAGGGGGUUGUGCGAGCUAGUCGGGAGCAGGAGUCUCCUUUCACUGAGAAGACGUCGGUGAAGAGGGUGCGUGGAGGUGGCCAUCCUAGUGGCAUCGCACUUCAGAGUUUGGAGUUCUGGAGCGUUGAUGCCGCGGCUCGGACGCGGGACGGGCAAGGUGACACUUCGAAUGUGUUGCAGAGCUUCACGAACACUGCUGCCGAGUUCCGUGAGCCGAAAGAUGAAACAUCAGGCCGUGAGGAGGAGGAUGAUAUUGCUGCCCGGUUACCCGAGCUCAGAGAAGUGCUAGACCUACUACGUGCCCAGUGGGCUCAAGAAGAAGCCACAGGAUUGAGAAAGAAGAGAGGACCUGGAAACGUGUACUUGAUAGGGACUGGUCCAGGCGAUCCAGACCUCCUCACAGUGAAGGCAUUGAAAUUGAUGCAGUCCGCGGAGUUAGUCUUAUACGAUCGUCUGGUCUCCACUGAUAUUCUCGACAUGGUACAUGCGGGUGCACGUCUUCUUUACGUUGGCAAGACAUCCGGCUAUCACAGCCGAACUCAAGAAGAGAUACACGAACUUCUUCUCAGUUUCGCAGAGUCUGGUGCAACUGUCCUCAGAUUAAAAGGUGGAGAUCCCCUCGUAUUCGGUCGAGGCGGCGAGGAGAUGGACUUUUUGCAAGAACAAGGUAUUCACGUCCAAGUUGUGCCUGGUAUAACGGCAGCGUCUGGAAUUUCUGCAGAGCUUGGAAUUCCACUGACUCACCGAGGAGCUGCCAACAGUGUGAGGUUCUUGACUGGCCAUUCAAGGAAAGGCGGUGACGAUCCACUGUAUGUUGCAGAACGAGCAGCAGAUCCAGAUUCCACUUUGGUCAUCUACAUGGGCUUAGCUACUCUCCCAGGCUUGGCUGCCAAGCUUAUGGCUAAUGGGCUCCCAGCUGAUAUGCCAGCUGUGGCAGUAGAGCGAGGCACGACUGUCCAGCAACGAGUGGUGUUCGCUCACUUGGCUGAUUUGCCAUUGGAAGUAUCAACAGCUAAGUUAGAAUCGCCCACACUGAUCAUUGUGGGUCGUGUUGUCGCACUCUCCCAUCUCUGGCCAUUCAAACCCUCUAGUGAGGAUGUAGGUGUGCAGGUCCAAUCUGCAAAGCUCGGCAAGCAAAAAACUGAUGCUGUGAGUAGAGAACCCCGUGUAAGGAGUUUGCGCGGCCCUGAUCCAAGUCUUCCUAGUCAAAAUUGACACAAUGAUAUUCAUUUAGGUAGAAUUAAUUGAUUCUUUCUCUAAUUUGAGACUGAGUUUGUAAAGAUAAAAGGCCUUUUUUGUUGUAUGUAAUUAGUGAUCGUGCUAGCAAAGUUCGAAUAGAACGCAAUCGAACGAAGUGUGUGUUAGGCGAUGAGGAAAGGUCACUUCACAUGUUGAGAAUUUCAAUAAUCCACUGUGAUAUGAGUUGUGACGAAUGCAUUUUCUGCAUUAUCAAUCACAGUCGUACAACUUCGUUCUCUGUACGAACCAGUUGAUAUGGGAUGUCGUGACGAACUCUCCAACUUUGCGUAUA